UUGUGUGAUUGGCACAAAACCAAAAAGUUUUAAAUAAAUACGUUAAAAAUACGGUGUGUAUGAUUUAAAAAGCAAGUGUAACGUGUGGUAGUAGUGGUAGAAUAAACAUGUGAAGCUUUAAAAAAAAUAGGUGAGAAUUAGUGUCCAAAAAUAAGACUUGGCUUAAAGGUCUCGUCACCAGGUCAUAAAAUCUUUAAAAAAAAUGUUACGUUUCAUUCGUUAUUUUGGCGCGAAAAGUUUUUUGAUGUCAUUGUCAUUUGUUUUUACUUUUUUCCCUUGUCAGAUAAAUGUUAGCAAAAGUCUAUAGAAAAGUUAACAGGUGCUUGGUUAACUACGAUUUUUGUCACGCUAUUUGUUUUAAAAAUGUUUUCAUGAUAUUUAUCUCUUCCACGGAGGAUAUAAAAUGUUCGUGGAAGAUAUCAAAAAUGAUUUCUACAAUUUGCUUCUUGGAAAUCGUGUCUUAUUGCUAGUCCAUUAUGAUGUGGAUGCAGUUUGUGCGUGCAAGAUACUGCAGGAUUUAUUUAAAUGUGAUAAUAUCUCCUACACACUAGUGCCAAUUGGUGGUAUUUCCGAGUUAAAGACUGCGUAUGACGAUAAUAAUGAAGAGAUCAAGUAUGUUGUCCUAGUGAACUGUGGCGGCACUAUAGACUUAGUUGACAUACUUCAACCAGAAGAAGAUGUUGUGUUUUUUGUAUUAGACUCCCAUAAACCUACGGAUAUUUGCAAUGUAUAUAGUGAUGGACAGGUGCGGAUAGUUUACAAAGAUGAUGAAGAAAACAUUCCAAAUUUUGAUGACAUAUUCAGAGAAGAUGAAGAUGAAGAGUUGCCUGAUGAAAACCUUCAGGGUGCAGAGAGAUUAGAGGCGGUAGUGGAACGUCGAAGAGAGAGAAAGGCAUGGGAAGAGAAGAGACAUACUCUUAUGUUUAAUUACACACAAUUCUCCUACUAUGGGAAACCUAGUGCAUGUAUAGCCUUAGAACUGGCAGUGCGAGCGUCACGGUGUAAUGCAUCAGCCUUAUGGGCGGGUGCGGUCGGUUGCGCUACUCAUUCGGCUCUGCAUCUAAGACCACCCGCACAGUGUUUGCUUGACGCCGAACCUCUAAACCGCUGUUUGCAUACCCAAAGACAUAGUACGACAGCACACGUAGUAGUAGAAAAAGACGCGUGGCUCCCUCUAUACCGUUGGUGGUCGGUGGAAGGAGCUUUAAGUCAUGCUUCGUGCUUUGCCCCUAAGUUAAAGUUACAUGCGAGUUCGGGAGCUAGUCGCUUAAGACAGUUAUUAGCCGAUAUGGGGUUUCCCCUCCAGCAAGCACGCCAAGCCUACCGUUCUAUGGACGUGGAACUUCGUCGCUGUCUUCUAACAGCUCUGGAGACAGCUGCGCCUAAGCACAAGUUACCCGUCCCUACUCGUGCCACCUUCUUACUACAGAAGCCCCAUGCCCAACCAUUGGCGGCAUUGGACACUGUGUAUGCUAUCAUGGCGUUAAUAGAACACGAGACAAUACCAAAAGCAGAAGGCUUUCAAAAGGCGCUGUCAGUCCUUCAAGUCAGCGGAGAGAAUGAAUCUCUGAAGCAAGGAGUAUCAGCUGCGAGAAAGGCCUUGGAGGCUGUGGCCCGACUAGCUCAUUCCAUACUUUCAUCUCGAGGACUUCUAUUGGCUGGACCUUUCAACUACUUUAUAGUUCAAGAGGGUACUUCAGAAUCUGCUAUGGUCAAGGGUCCACUAUGGCUGGGUGAAGCAGCUCGAUGGAUUGCAUCAGCUACAACCGGAUCUAGACCAUUAGUAGCAAGUUCCCCUCUGCCCAAUGGGCAGUGUCUGCUUCUUGGACUACCCCCAAGAUAUGACGAGGAGCCACAUAACUUAUUUGGGGCAGCUUUUGAACAAGCAGCGCAGAAGAGUGGGGCCACCGUUAUCUUAGACUAUGUUGACACUUCUAUUCUUGUACUGCCUGUGAGUCAAAGGACACAGUUUCUCGAUGCUCUUACCGCAUUACUAGCCUAGUAGUAGUGUAGUAUUUUUAUAAUAGAUAAUUUUCCUGGCUGACAUUCAAAGUUACCCUGAUUCCUGACUGUGUCAUGUAAAUUCAAACAUUUUAAGACCACCAUUUUGGUUUUUGUCCCUGUAUUAUAAUUUGACCCACCUGGAAUAUAUUCUGUAAAUAUUUUUUAUCCAAGCAAGUAACCAUAGCAAUAAAACAUCACAUCGUUUUAGAUAAAACAAGUUGUAGAGUAGCUUAAAAGUAUUUUGUAAUGCACAAACUUUGUUACCGAAAAAUGCACCAGAAUGGAAAAUAUUUAGUAACUUAGCACUUUAGAAUUUGUGAAAAAGCAUUUUUUUUAUAUUUGGUAUUGAUAAAUUUUAUUCCAAUAUUAAAUAUUUUAAAUUGCAGGUGAUUAAAUGAAUCAAGAAUAAAAUAAGUAGAAUUGACAUUGUAAAUAAUUAUUGAGUGGUAUGUUUGAAAUGGACUGAAUGUUUCAAUUAUCUAGUGGAAUCGUUAUUUAUUUUUAAUGUGUAAUUUUAAGGAAAUAUGAUUAAAUUUGUAUUAAACCUUGUCUUUUCCUUUUAUUUUAUACAUACUUGACACUGUGGAUUCUUCACCUUCUUGAGAAAAUACUGUUAAGUUCUUGACUUCACAAUUUAGGUGUCAACAUGUUGUUGUAU